AUGAAACAACAGCUCUGCGCUGGCUUCGCAAAUAACGUUGCUGCGAAACAUACACCUACGUUCAUUGUCGUCAUGGUCCGAAGUGGGGGCUCGUUUGGCGAUAUUGAGUCGGGAGCUGGCGGGGCCUUGAGGUCUACCGCGUAUGCGUCCGAGCAAAGCAACGAGGAAGCGUUGAGUCAAUUGGAGGAGAGGGCUAGACUAAUCAAAGAGUUAACCAAAGACAUACAUGGCGAGGUUCAAUCACAAAAUCGUUUUCUGGAUGGCAUGUGCUUUAUUUUGGAAACCUGUUUCACUGGUCUGCGUUUCUUCAGGGACUCGAAAUGGACUCUGCUCGAAGAAUGCUUGCUGGAACAGUGGAUCGCUUUACGAAAGUGUUCACACGACUCUCAUGGGAACCGGCUGGAUGAAACCGGCAGGGUCACAGCUAAGGUGACGUCACCGUACGGGCAUCAGCUGCACUGGCAGGACAGUGUGGAGGAGGGGCACUUCGGAUUCACAACCAAAGAGACGGGGCAGUACAUGGCGUGCUUCUGGCUACCCGUGGACCAUCCGCAAGAGAUCCACAGUGUCAUGGUUGAGCUCGAAUGGAAGAUUGGUGUAGCAGCUAAGGAUUGGGGCAAAAUCGCCAAGAAAGACAAACUUGAUGGCAUUGCCUUGGAGUUGCGCAAGCUGGAUGAGGCUGUGAGGUCCAUUCGAGGGGAGAUGGCCUACUUUCGCAAGAGAGAGUCCGACAUGCGUGAUUUGAAUGAGGUGACCAAUUCAAGGGUGGCGUGGCUGAGCAUCGUGUCGCUGCUGGUGUGUGUGAGCCUGGCCGCGCUGCAGCUGUGGCACCUCAAGGCCUUCUUUGAGCGCAAGAAGCUGUUGUGA